CGUCAAUUCAGAAAAAUAUAACAAACGUCGCUAUACAGAAAAAAAUGUUUAUUCAAUGUUAAUUAUUAACUAUUUAGAUAAAGUAUUUAUCAAAGAGAGAAAAUUAUUUUGAUCUUUAUUAAUUGAUUGCUCCUUUAGAGGAACAAAAUGUGUGACAGCGACGAUCCAAAUGAGCAUAGCCGAUCCGGCAUGGAUUUGACUGGGUUUUUGUUUGGGAAUAUCGAUGAAAGGGGGCAGUUAGAAGACGAUGGACUGCUUGAUGGAGACUCUAAGCGCAUGUUAUCAUCUCUUCACCGUUUGGGUCUUGGAUCUAUGUUAUCUGAAGUAUUGGAUGAAGAGGAACCAGUAAAGGAGGAUGAAGAAAAAGACUACACAGAAAAAAGUCCUUCAGCAGUUGAUUUUUUUGAUAUUGACGAUGCCGCUGAGGAAGAGAAGAAUGAUGACAAAGAGACAGGAACAGAAAAGUGGAAAGCUGAUGACGGAGAGAAUGAAUCAGAACAACGCAACAAUGAUGAAGGAUAUGAUGGUGAUAUGGAAGGGGACGGAGAACUUAUGCCUCCACCAUCAACAGUCCCUAAGGCAAAAUCUGACAGACCUAAGAAAUUGGAAACCCCAUUAGCUGCCAUGCUACCAUCUAAAUAUGCUAAUGUGGAUGUUACUGAAUUGUUUCCAGAUUUUCGACCCGAUAAGGUACUUUUGUUUUCUCGUCUCUUUGGCCCCGGGAAAUUGUCCAGCUUACCACAAAUAUGGCGAGGUGUAAAGAAACGUCGGCGACGUAAACGAAGUGGGAGUACGGGCAGUGACACUGCACCGCCGCCAGAGCUACAAGAAGUGCAAUAUGCAAGUGAUGAUGAGGAGAAAUUUCUAAAACCUAUGGAGGAAUGUCCUCAAGCAUCACAAUCAGAAAACAAUUCGCAGUCAUCAGGCGAUAAGUCUCAAAGGCCUACGCCGGCGCACUGGCGUUUUGGUCCAGCUCAGGCCUGGUAUGACAUGCUCAACGUGCCGGAGACGGGAGAAGGAUUUGAUUACGGAUUUAAAGUCAAGGCACCAUCUCCGGAUCGAGAAGAAAAACCGCAAGAAGAAGUUUCAAAUCCAGAAGUAGAAGAACAAGCGGACAGUCCCGACAGUGGUUUUCCUGAUGACGCUUUCCUCAUGGUAUCUCAAUUGCAAUGGGAAGAUGACGUUAUAUGGGAUGGCAGCGAAAUAAAACAUAAGGUGUUAGCUCGCCUCAAUAGCAAGAGUAACGCAGCGGGCUGGGUGCCCACCUCCGUGAGUCGCACCGCUCAGCAGUUCUCACACCCGCGCCCGCAGCCACCCGCGCCCUUGCAGAAACCACCCACAUCAUCAUCGUCCACGUCAAACAAUCCAGGAGUAUCGUCAGCUGAUGGUGAAGACAACACGUGGUACAGUAUCUUCCCAGUUGAGAAUGAAGAACUUGUCUAUGGCACAUGGGAAGAUGAAGUCAUUUGGGAUGCAGAGAAUAUGACUAAGAUACCUAAACCAAAAAUAUUAACAUUGGAUCCUAAUGAUGAGAACAUCAUUCUUGGAGUACCUGACGAUGUGGACCCAUCGAAGAUAACAAGAGAGCGAGGGCCCGCCCCCAAAGUCAAGAUUCCGCACCCGCACGUCAAGAAGUCUAAGAUCCUGCUCGGUAAAGCAGGUGUUAUUAACGUGCUACAAGAGGACGCUCCGCCACCGCCGCCCAAGUCGCCUGACCGGGACCCGUUCAAUAUAUCGAAUGAUGUAUACUAUCAACCAAAAUCCCAGAACCCUCGCCUCAAAGUGGGCGGAGGUCAGCUCAUCCAGCACAGUACCCCGGUGGUGGAGCUCCGCGCUCCGUUCAUACAGACGCACAUGGGCCCCGCCCGCCUGCGCGCCUUCCACCGGCCCGCUCUGCGGAAGCUCUCGUACGGCGCCAUCGCGGCGCACGGAGCGCACCCCGUGCAACCGCUACUCAAACAUAUUAAGAAGAAGGCUAAGCAACGUGAAGCCGAACGUCUGGCUUCUGGUGGAGGAGACGUGUUCUUCAUGAGAACACCAGAGGACUUGAGUGGCAGAGAUGGCGAACUCAUUUUGGUAGAGUUCUGCGAAGAACAUCCGCCUCUCAUUAGCCAAGUCGGGAUGUGUACUAAGAUCAAGAACUACUAUAAAAGAACGGCAACUAAGGACAGCGGCCCGAAGCCGCUGAAGUACGGCGAGAUUGCGUACGCGCACACGUCGCCCUUCCUGGGCAUCCUGCCGCCCGGCGCCACGCAGUCCGUCGUGGAGAACAACAUGUACCGCGCGCCCAUCUACGAGCACACCGUGCAGAUCACCGACUUCCUUGUCAUCCGCACCAAACAGGCAUAUUACAUACGUGAAGUAGACGCUUUAUUCGUGGCCGGUCAAGAAUGUCCUUUGUAUGAAGUACCAGGACCGAAUUCUAAAAGAGCUAAUAAUUUUGUUCGAGAUUUCCUACAGGUUUUCAUAUACAGGCUGUUCUGGAAGUCACCUGACAAUCCGCGUCGUAUAAAAAUGGACGAUAUCAAAAGAGCUUUUCCUUCACACUCGGAGAGUUCAAUUCGGAAACGUCUGAAGCUAUGUGCAGAUUUCAAACGAACGGGAUGUGAUUCUAAUUGGUGGGUAAUAAAACCUGAUUUCCGAUUGCCAUCUGAGGAGGAGAUUCGUGCGAUGGUAUCGCCGGAGCAGUGUUGUGCGUACUUCAGUAUGGCGGCUGCGGAACAGAGGCUUAAGGAUGCGGGCUACGGAGAGAAAUUCAUAUUUACGCCGCAGGAGGAUGACGAUGAGGAAAUGCAGUUAAAGAUGGAUGACGAGGUAAAAGUGGCUCCAUGGAACACGACACGCGCGUACAUCCAAGCGAUGCGAGGCAAGUGCCUCUUGCAGCUGACCGGCCCCGCCGACCCCACGGGCUGCGGCGAGGGAUUCUCGUACGUCCGCGUACCCAACAAACCGACCCAGCAACCGAACGAGGAGCAGCAACCGAAGAGAACUGUCACCGGAACUGAUGCGGACUUGAGACGACUCAGCUUGAACAACGCUAAGGCAUUGCUGAGGAAGUUCGGUGUGCCCGAGGAGGAGAUUAAAAAACUGUCUCGAUGGGAAGUUAUCGAUGUAGUAAGAACUUUGUCAACGGAAAAAGCAAAGGCUGGUGAAGAGGGUAUGACGAAAUUCUCAAGAGGAAAUAGAUUUUCCAUAGCUGAGCACCAAGAAAGAUACAAAGAAGAAUGCCAGCGUAUAUUCGAGCUACAGAACCGUGUACUGCAAAGCACAGAAGUGUUAAGUACAGAUGAAGCUGAAAGUUCAGUGAGCGAGGAAUCAGACUUGGAAGAGAUGGGCAAAAAUCUUGAAAAUAUGUUAGCUAAUAAGAAAACUACGGAACAGUUAACAAUGGAAAGAGAAGAAGCUGAGAGAGCUGAAUUAAGAAAAAUGAUUCUUGGCCAGUCAGAAAAGAAGCCUCAAAUCAAUCAAAAUGAUCAACAAAAUGCUUCAAAUCAAGGUCGAGUUCUUCGCAUAGUCCGUACGUUCCGUAACGCGUCCGGACAGCGGUACACUCGCGUUGAGUUAGUACGGAAAGCCGCGGUCAUAGAGGCUUAUACCAAGAUACGAUCCACCAAGGAUGACGCUUUCAUACGACAGUUUGCUACAAUGGAUGAGACGCAAAAAGAGGAGAUGAAGAGGGAAAAGAGAAGGAUUCAGGAACAAUUGAGGCGUAUCAAGAGAAAUCAAGAAAGAGAAAGAUUAGCAGGGAAUGUAUCCGUACCGGCUACGCCUAUUCCAGGGAAUAUUACUGUGUCGACAAUGUCGGAUAUAGUUCCUACCUCGCCUGGAUUAAUUCCCCUGGGUCAAAUAAAACAAGAACCAGAUCUACAUACGCCGUCUCGCCGACGCGCGAAGUUGAAACCAGACUUGAAGUUGAAGUGCGGCGCGUGCGGGCAGGUGGGGCACAUGCGCACCAACAAGGCGUGUCCGCUGUACACGGGCGGCGGCGCGCUGUCGCCCGAGCACGACGAGCCGCCGCCCGAGCCCGAGGAGCUCGACCUCGGCUACGUCGAGGGCACCAAGCUCACUCUGCCCUCCAAGCUCAUCAAGCAAUCAGCAGAAGAUUUCAAGCGUCGGAGUGGCAGUCGCCGUGGAGAGUUCCGUGCAGCGGGUCGCAAUAGACGUCGUGGUACCGCUAGCGAGUCCUGCGAUUACCUGGUCAAGCGACCGGCCGAGAGACGUCGGACGGACCCGCUAGUGACGCUGUCAUCGCUGCUGGAGGACGUGCUGAAUCACAUGCGACAUCUGCCGGAUGUUCAACCUUUUCUGUUCCCUGUUAACCCUAAGCUAGUAGCCGAUUAUUAUAGAAUUAUAUCUCGACCAAUGGAUCUACAGACCAUCAGGGAUAAUUUGAGGCAGAAGCACUACCAGAGUCGUGAGGAAUUCCUCGCUGACGUCAAUCAAAUUGUAGAAAAUUCGAAUCUAUAUAACGGUCCUACAAGUAGUCUGACGGUCGCCGCGCAGCGUAUGAUGCAAAGAUGUUUUGAGAAGCUAGCUGAAAAAGAAGAGCAGUUCAUGAAAUUGGAGAAACAAAUCAAUCCUUUACUCGAUGACAAUGAUCAGGUUGCACUGUCAUUUAUCUUUGAAAAUCUUCUGACAACGAAACUGAAAGUGAUGCCGGAGGCGUGGCCGUUCUUAAAACCCGUCAACAAGAAACAAGUUAAGGACUACUACAACGUUAUCAAGAAACCAAUUGACAUGGAGACCAUUGGCAAAAAGAUUCAAGCACACAAAUAUCACAGUCGAGAAGAAUUUUUACGAGACAUACAGUUGUUGGUGGAUAACUGCCGCGCAUACAACGGCAUCAAUUCGCAGUUUACACGACAAGCUGAAGCCGUGCUUAAAGUGACCCAGGAGGCUUUAGAACAGUUCGACGAGCACGUGAGUCAGCUGGAGGCAAACAUCGUCCGCGUGCAGCAGAAGAUGCUGGAAGACGCGGAGAACUCCGACCUGGACGACGAGCUGCAGCCGCAGCAGGACGAGAAGCGCGGGCGGGGCCGGCCGCGCAAGCAGAAGGCGCUCGCCUCUACCUCCACUGACGAUGCAACACCAAGGAAACGCGGUCGACCGAAGAAGGAUCAAAACAGUCUUGUUGAUGAUCUACAGUAUUCUGACAGCGGCAGUUCAGGACUCGAGGAGGUGGAACAGAAAUUUGCAGCUGAAGCGAUGGUACAACUAUCCGUGCGUCCAGAUGAAGAUGUACCGAGCGAGCCAAGCUUCGACACGUCCGAGUUUCUCAUCAAACGGGAAGUGCCCGACGAGCCUCCACAGAUGUCAGACGACCUCGUCGACUUGGAUCAACAUAGCAGAGACUAUAUUUAUCCUGCUGUCGUAAAGGAGGAGCCGAUCGAACCAGACAUGAAUAUGGAUGUCCCGAUGUUGGACAAUGUACCAGGGGAGCAUCCACAGUUCAAAGAAGAACCGCUCGAGAAUUGGCAGCCGGAUCCUGCUAUACAAGAUGACUUACAAGUUACUGACAGUGAAGAAGAAGCGGAAGACGGCCUUUGGUUCUAAUAUUUUUAUUACAUUAUUAAGUUUAGAUUAUUAAAAAAUAUGUUUUUUAUAAAUUCAGUGCGUUAUUAGAUAUAUCGAUUAAAGUGAAUAUGACGUCAUAAAAUUGUGU